AUGAUCAUGACUGGCUCGCAGCAGGUCGACAUGCAGCAGAUUGAGAUUGUGGAGCAGACAAAGCACGAACUUUUGGUAGCCAAUAUCUUCGACAAAGCACUUGCCAACAACAUUGACGACGGACAUGACCAAGUAGCCACAGCCGUGUCAGAGAUAAUUCAACUCUUCCCUUCUAGCGGAUCAACUGAAGAGAUGGAGUCUUACUUAUGGAAUCUCUGGGGGACUUUGAUUCAGAAAGCUCAGGAAGUACCGCGCCAUGACGAGCGUCAACGAACUCUGGUCAGAAUUGUGACGACGCUGAGAGAUCAGACACCAGUUGGGGACAGCAAUAGCAUCACUGUUUGGGGGUCAAAUUAUACCCUCUGGACUGACCUUCCGCUACUUGGUCCUUGUAUGCGAGAAGCUUGGAUAGCACCUCCUGGUUUCUUUAGAGGCCAGAUUAUAAGUGCAACUUCGCUUGAAGACGAAGAUGACGCUGGCGAAAGAGAUUUGUCCCACAACGAAGAUAAUACUACCAAAGAAAUUGCAUCCGAAGAUGAAGACAAUACUGCGGAAGGAAUUGCACCUGACGAAGACCACACCGAGGAAGAACUCGAAUCCUGGAUUAACCUCAAUGCGUUCGCUGCACAACUACUCGAACAUCGAACAAUGUUGUGGGCUAAUCUUGGACUCUGGCAGCUGCGUACCGCUCUGGAGAGAAAUGGGGACUUUGUCGAGUCUCGCAUCAUCGUCGCUUCGGAAUGGAUCAGGCAUGCUGGCCUACAAAUAUUCGAUCUGUGUUUCUAUGACGUGGCGGAUGAAGAUUCCAGGAACGCAAUGGCUCCGGGACCGCUGAUAUCUCAAGAGAAAGGAGGUUUCACACGAUUCCGUUGGAACUAUUGGAAUGGGAGGUUUUGGAAAGCCAGCGAAUUUGGAGGUUCUCGUAGUAGAAGUGCGACAGAAGCGGCGACAGAAGCGGCGACAGAAGCGGCGACAACCAUGCAGCUCAUACCCAGCUCUCGUAUUCAAGGGCCAAAUUUACUCGGACAUGACCCGAAUCUAAUGUUAAGGAUACGAUCGGACUAAUUCGUCUCGCUUCGAAGGGGCCCCAUCGUUUGUCGGGGAAAGUAAUUUGUCCGCGCUCAAAUAAGUAAUAUUUAUUCUUCAAUGACCUAAUGAAAGAGGACAUGAGAGAUGUCUCUCUCUUUGUUCAAGACCUCAUGCAUAACUUCUUACCGGCUUAUCUUUCCAUCAUCCAGAAAAUAAAAG